ACGUGGCCUCAGUCUUGCACCUCUGCUCUCUGGCAGGAUCAGCCCAAGCAGGCAGCGGCUGUCUCUGCCCUGCAGGACCCCGAGUGCUUUGCCCAUCUGCUGCGUUUUUAUGACGGCAUCUGCAAGUGGGAGGAGGGGAGUCCCACGCCGGUCCUUCAUGUGGGCUGGGCCACAUACCUUGUCCAGUCUCUGAGUCGCUUUGAUGCCCAGGUGCGUCAGAAAAUAACAAUCAUCACCAAAGAGCCAGAUCCCCAGGACGACGACGACCAGUCGAGCGAGGACUUCAGGGAAGGGCGCAGGCGUGGGCCCAGGAGGGAGUCCAAGCUGGAGGACCAGAGCUCUCCUCUUUCUGCCGCUCCUACCUCCCCGUGCAGCCAGCCGGCUGCAGUGGCAGCUCAGCCCAAGAAGGUGGGAGAAGGAGGGCUCCGCCGGCGCUCCUCACAGGGACUACGUGCUGGAGACAUUGAAGGAAAGCCCAAGUCCCCCAGUCUCCCAGACUCCGCAUCUUCUCCUUUCUCCCCGGAGCAGGCCCCCCUCUCGCCAGCUGGCACUGUAAUCGCCUUUCAGAGUGAGAAGAUGAAGGGGAUGAAGGAGCUCCUGUGCGCUGCCAAGGUGAACUCCAGCGCCAUCAAGCUGCAGCUCACCGCACAGUCACAGGUCCAGAUGAAGAGGCAGAAGAGCACUCCGGCGGGAGAUUACUCCAUGUCAUUCCUGAAGCGCCAGCGUAAGUCACUGUAGACAUCCUGAUUGUUGCAGGAAGAGACUGUAGGACAUACUGUGAACAGAGACGGGGACACCGAUU